CUGUCAAUUAUUUUCAAGAACUAAGUCUUGUCAGCAGCGAUGGUUUGUGCUGAGGUCCAAACACUCUUUCACUUUUGGUUUGUCUGAGUAACUGCAUAGGAGAGUUGAUUAAAAUCAACUCCCAAAAAUUAUGAUGAAACAUUCAUUACCUACAGCGCAGUUUAAAACUCUCAUGGCCAUGCACAUACGGAAAUAAAUAUAGAUAACAAAUUUACAGCGGACAUAACAGAUAUCUUAGAGGACAUGGAUUGUAGUGUAUAUUACAUCACUAUUUGCCUGGUAAUUUUAUCCACACUGACUUCGUCGAUGUCCGAGUAUGCAUUCCAAAUAUUUUCAGUUAAACAUUGUCCUACUAGCAGAGAAGGUUGGGGAAUGGCAUCCUCUCGAUUAGGAUGUAACGGUACACAUGGAUAUCACUGCGUUCCAAAUAAACAUCUGACUUCUCUCAUCGAGUUUUGUUACCCAAGGGGUGCCAAUAUCCUGUUUCAGAAAGGGAAUUGCCUUGAAUUAGCUGCUGAUGGAAUUCUUAAUCAUGUUUCCUGCAACAAAACGUUUGAGUUCGGGUGUCCAGACAAAUUUUAUUUAAGCAACGAAAUAUAUAAAUAUCCAAGUUGCCUUGCAAUUAAUACAACGCUGAAGUGUUUUUAUGCCGACUUCAAUUGCAUUUACUCCAAAUCUAUGAUAAACCAAACCAGAUAUAUAUUAAAACAAACUAGAGUUAUGAUAAACGAAACAUACGAAGAAAGCCUUAUUUGUGGAAUGAAAAAUAGCCUCAGCUCGAGCAAUGUUACAGCUAUUGUGAUGGCUGUGAUAUUUGGUAUACUUUCUUUGAUACUGGCCGUUUUGCUAGUGGUAUUCAUCAAGAGAAGAAACAUUACAAUCAAAAGAAAAAAAGGCUUACAAGAUUUGGAAAACGGUGAAAGCCAUCCUCUUCAAGAAGUGAGAUUUGAACAAUCGGAGAUGACUAUUGAACCAAACGAAGAAAGAAAUGCAGGAGAAAGCCAUCCUCUUCAAGAAAUGAAUUCUGAACACAUGGAAAUAUCUACUGUGUCAAACAAAGAAAGAGAUGACAUUGUAUUGCCUCCGCAGCAUAUCAGCCAACUUCAAAACUCGCAUCAAUUACGAACAUCUAUAGUUACAGGUGAUUUUCCAACGUUUCAAUAUUUGAUACAUAAAUUCGAUAAGCAUUCACUUGAAGAAGUUGAUUCCAAUGGGUUCAAUUGUUUACAUUCCGCUGCAAAAGGCGGUAAUUUGAGCAUUUUCAAAAGGAUAUGCAAUAUGGGAGUUUCUGUUGAGAAGAAUACAAACGAGGGAUCAAAUAUCUUGCACAUUGCGGCACACCACGGAUGUUACCCAAUUUGUGAAUAUAUUUUAGAAAAUCAUGCAUCUUUGUUUUCUCUAAAAGACAACCUUGGUAUGAAUCCUGCACACUAUGCAGCAAAUGCUGGUCAAUAUCAUAUUCUUGAUCUCAUGUUGAAACAAGGUUGUGAUUUAUUUGCCGAAGAUGAGAAAAAUAACGAAAAUAUAGUUCAUUUGGCGUGCAUAGGAGGAAGCUUGGAAGUGUGCCGAUUUGUAAAGGCUAACAAAAAUCUGGAGAAACUACUGCAUGCUAAAAACGGCGGAGGUUGGAAUUCUAUUCAGUAUGCGACAAAAAAUGGACAUCUUGAUAUAGUGAAAUUUCUUCUCGAAAAUGGCGUUGAUGUAAAAAACAAAUCCAAAAAAAUCGGCAAAAAUUGUCUCCACACAGCAUGUGAGUUUGGCAAGUAUAAAAUAUGCGAAUAUAUCAUGAGUAACGCACCAAACCUUAUAACCGAUACCGACUCUAACGGACAACACGUGGGACAUUAUGCAGCAAAGAAUGGACAUACUGAUAUACUACAGCUGUUGAUAAACACCAAUAAAAAUGCCAUACAAAAAGCAUCUCAUGACAGAAUAAAUAUCCUCCAUGUCGCAUGCGAAAAUGCACAUUAUGAUAUGGUUGUGAAAAUUGCCAAAGUGUAUCCGUUUAUGGUAAAGGAAAUUACAGAGAAAGGUUGGAAUGCAGCAUUUUUCAUCACCAAUAAAGCUGAUGCAGAAGAAGAAAGAAUCAAGAUAUUGAAGCAUCUCCUUCUUCACGGCCUUGAUGUAUACAAUGUAUCAAAGUCUGGAAAGACUGUUCUCGUGAAUGCACGAAAAAACAACUUAAAAGAUAUUGAACACUACUUAUGUGAACAGUUUCCAAAGUUAAUAGUUUUAAAAAAACCCAUUUCCUAUUAGUAAGGAUUUGUUUGAAUGUAUUCUAACAUGUUCCUUACUAUUACAAUUUAUAUCUUUAAUUUUGAAUGCAAUAUAUCCCAUGUAGACUGGUUAUUUUUAGUUUAGUUAAUUUAAUAUUGAACAUUGGAUUUUGACGUCUCCAUUGUCUGAAUUCCAACAAAUAUAUGACGAGGGAUUUUUAACUACUCCAUUAGCAAUAUGAUGUAGUUUGUUUUGUUAAAGGAACUUAUUCACGAUUUGAACAUACAUUUUUAAAAUUUUAUUUUUCCACUUUUGACGUCUGUAAUGUUGAUGCAUGUAUGAGUGUUGUCAAUGCUUUGUCGGUUUGUCUAAUUGUCAAACAUCGAGUUACAAGCUAGAUACAAAGUUUGAAACUCUUUGUUUUGUAAACAAAACCAGAGUUUUGUUAUUGUUUACAAAUGUGUUGUAUUGGUGUAUGUUUCAAUCAACUGUUGCUUUCUUUUGUUGAUAAUCAUAGGUAUUUAUGAACGUAUUGAAUCAGUUUAUCUUGUUUGC